GUACCACACCCCACUGACCCCAGGGCAAAAUGAUUGCAAAUGGCACAUGGUCUCUCGCAUGGUCUUCAUCUCCUAAACUUGUGUAAGGAAAAUCCAUUGAAGGUGAUUUGUGCACGUUUCUCUUCCAAGAUUCUAAUGGAGCCCUGUAAAGAUGGAGAGAGUGCGCAGGGUGAUAUCUAUUCCGAAAUAUCUGAAGGAAAAGCUAGAAUGUUUGUACCCAAACAAAAUUCAGUUUUUUAUAAUCCUGUUCAAGUAUUUAACAGAGACUUGAGUCUUGCUGUGGUUGACCAGUAUGCUAAAAAAUACUGGAGAUAUCAUCAUCGCCAAAAAAGACCUUUUUGGAGAGCUGACUCUGGCUUAAUAGCUAAUGAAAAGAAACCUAAUGAACCAGCCGAACCUGCCAAGAGUGACUCCUCCAAUAAUGAACCUGACAGACCUAAACUUAAGAUAUUGGAAGCAUUAGCUGCAUCCGGUCUACGCUCAAUACGAUAUGCAUUGGAAAUACAAUCCACACCUUGUGAGAUAACUGCCAAUGAUUACAGCAGUGAUGCGUACCAAUCCAUCACUGAUAAUGCUAAAAGGAAUGGAGUGUCCAAAAUUGUUCAACCAUCAUGCAAAGAUGCAAGGUUGUUAAUGUACGAACAUAUUGAGCCGCUAGAACAAUUCCAUGUUGUUGAUAUUGAUCCUUAUGGCUCUGCAGCUGUGUUUCUUGAUUCAGCUGUACAAUGUAUAAAGGAUGGAGGUUUACUGUGUGUUACGUGUACUGAUGCUAGUGUUUUGUGUGGCAAUCGUUCUGAGGUUUGUUUCUCCAAAUAUGGUAGUGUCUCGCUAAAAACCAAGUACUGUCACGAAAUGGGUCUACGUAUCAUACUGGCCAGUUUAAAUAGUCAUGCCGGUCGAUAUCAGAGAUAUAUUCAUCCCAUUCUCUCACUUUCUACUGAUUUUUAUUUCCGUGUGUUUGUAACAAUAUACACCAGCCCACUGGAAGUAAAAAAAUCAGCUAGUAAGCUGUCUAUGGUGUAUCACUGUGAUGGCUGUUCAUCCUUCCAUUUGCAGCCAUUAAUUAAACUAUCCACUACAAAAGACAAUUCAAUCAAGACUCAUUCUUCUUUUGGUCCACCAAUCAAUAAGGACUGUGAACAUUGUUCCAGUAACUUCAAAUUUGGUGGUCCUGUUUGGUCAGACCCGAUUCACGAUGAUAUUUUUAUCAGUUCAUUGUUGAGUGACCUUCAAGAGACUAAAGAUUGCUUUGCUACAAAUAGCAAAAUGAUUGGUAUGCUCUCAAUGAUGAAAGAAGAGCUCAAUAAUGUGCCAUUUUUUCAUGACUUAUCUCAAUUAUCUUCAGUUCUUCAUUGUAACGUCAUGAGGAUGCUUGAAAUGAGGUCUGCCCUCAUGAAUCAAGGCUACAGAGUUUCUUCUUCUCAUACUAACCCGCAAGCAGUCAAAACUGACGCUCCACACUCUGUAGUCUGGGACAUCAUGAGAGAGUGGGUAAAGCGUAAUCCAAUAAAGAAAGUAUCUCCAGACUCUCCAGCUGCUUGUAUAUUGAGCAAAGAGCCAAGUACUCAAGUUUCGUUUGAUGUAAGAGAAGAUGCAGAGUCAGUUUCUCGGCGUAUGAAACUAGUUCGGUUUCCAAAUAAUCCACCAAACUGGGGGCCAAAACCACGAGCUAAAAGAAAGGCAGAGGAAGAAAUAGAAGAUAAUUUAACUGCACCAAAAAAGAGACAAAACAACUAAUUACAAUAAAAUAAUUAAAAAAUUCUUUUUAAUUUAUUUUCAAUAAAAAUGCACCAGUUAUUUAAACUCA